UUGCCAACGAUCUCGUCAUGCCGCUCAAGCCUCCACUAUGAUGCCACCGCCUCUCAGGAACAUCGUCUGAGCCCAAGAAACCACACGAUACCCAAUCAAUUUUUCGGCACUGAUUUUGAUAUUCGUCUGGCUAACAACAAAUGCCGGACCGAGUACACCCUGGCCAUGGACCUAUUAGUUAGAGCCAAAAGGAGUGUGCAAAUCGUCAAGGUGGCCGUGAAAGCUGAAAUUCCGGCAAACAGAGGCGGCAACCUGCUUCAGAAUCGUCACAUCGCCGUCGUUUCGGUCUCGAUGAACGGUCGAUGA